UUUCAAUUUUUAAUCUUUAUUGAGAAUAAAGAAAACUCAUGAAAGCAAUGUUAUGAUGAUGUGAAUUUGCAUCAUAUUUUACUCUUUGUUUUUGGUAACAACAAAAAAGCCAACCAAAUUCAUCGUAGGAUUUCAAGAAGGAAACGAAAUUACUCUCUUUUCCUUACAUCAUAAAUUUGGCUCUCAAACCCCAUCAAAAACCACUAAACUACCGAGCUCAAAUUCCACUCAAGAAAAGGGGAGAGAGAGUGGUGAUAAAGUUUGAUUCUUGGAAAUAAAGGGAUACAGAGGGAGAAGGGGAAAGAGAAAUUCGGUUUCUUUUCUCUCUAUAUAUUAUAUUUUCUGAGCUUUUUGUUGUCUUGUAAUGAAUGUUUGAGCUCUGAAAAAAGAGCAAGUUUUGUGCCUCUCUUUACUUGGAGGGUUCCUCUGAAAAAGACUUCUUUUCUAUUGCCUGUGAACUUUUUUUUUAUUGGGGGAGAAAAGCUGUUUUCUUGCUGAUUAAAGCAGCUCAGAAUCGUAUAAAGAAAGAAUUUUGAGGGAAAGGGGGGAAAGAGAUGGAGAUGAUGCAUUACCAGCAAUUGGGGAGGACUUCUUACAAGGAUUCUUUGAGUUUGUUGGAGACUGAUAUUCAGCAUGCAAAUGCUUUGGCUGCUGCAAUCCCUAAAGCGAAGGGAGGUGCACGUCUUCAAAUGAAACUGGUCUGCAAUCACCUCGCGCCUCUGUUUCUGUAUUUACUAAAAUGGUUCGACUGUUCCUGCGCGUAUUUCCUGCCAAGAAUCAUGAAUCCUUAUCACAUACUCAUUUACAAGGUGUAUACAGACGGAAGGCCAAAGAUUUCAACCAUUGGGCGAAAAGCGACCAUCAAAGACUUCUACGCGGUGAUACUGCCAUCCCUCGAGCAGCUCCACUACGACUUGGUAGAGCUGGACGGCACCGACUGCAAAAGCAUUGCUCGGAAAAGCCUCAGCGACAAGAGAUCAGAAGGAGACGCGACCUCGGACUCAGAGAGAGACAGCGAAUGCGGAAUAUGCUUGGAGGCUUGCACGAAGAUGGUCAUGCCCAACUGCUGCCACGCGAUGUGCAUCAACUGCUACCGAGACUGGAGCACAAGGUCCGAGUCGUGCCCGUUCUGCCGGGGUAGUCUGAGACGAGUCGAGUCGAGAGACCUGUGGGUGCUGACUGGGAAGGACGAAGUGAUCGAGCGUGGGGCCGUGUCGACGGAGGACUUGAGACGAUUCUACCUGUAUAUCAGAAAUCUGCCUAAAGAUAUACCAGAUGCUUUGUUCUUGAUGUAUUAUGAAUAUUUGAUAUGAUGGUAUGUUUGAGAUAGAAGAAGCCGACCUCAAAUGUAAAUAGAGUCCGGUUGUUGUCUUGUCUCAUUAUGUAUGUGAUUAACCAGGCCAUGCUUCAUAUAUCAAAAACAUCAAAAUUUUAAGCA